UAUCGGCCCGUCGAAGAAUCGGACUCAAGAAUCGACUCUAUGACGCCAGCAGUACCUUCCCCUCUUGCGACACUUGCGAGAUGUUUUAAAACUGCCCAAGCUUCCUCUGGCGCACAUCGUUCUUGUCCUUACCCGUGCUUGCCGCCACCGCUAUGGAUGAGCUUACCACUGACCAAAUUCAGAUGCUCAAGAAGGUGUUCGAUGCCUUCGACAGAGAGAAGAAAGGAUGCAUCAGCACAGACAUGAUCAGCACCAUUUUCGAGAUGCUUGGUAUCCAAAUUUCAGAUGAAGGUGUUGAUGAAAUCAUUCUGGAAAUCGAUGCGGAAGGCACGGGAAACUUGGACUUUGACAGUUUCUGCAUUCUGUCUGCGCGGUUCAUGGUUGAGGAGGACACUGAAAAAAUGCAGCAAGAGUUGCGAGAGGCUUUCAGGCUGUACGACAGAGAGGGAAACGGAUACAUCACCACGGAAGUGCUCAAAGAAAUCUUCCGCGAGUUGGACAACACAAUUACUGAGGAGGAUCUCGACGAGAUGAUUGAAGAAAUUGACUCUGACGGCUCCGGGACAGUGGACUUUGAGGAGUUUAUGGAGGUUAUGACUGGAGGAGAUGACUGAAAAUUCAAAUGCUGUGCUUUUGAUUUGUUCCAAUUGAAUUGUGAAUUUAGAAGCUAUUAUAUUCUUGCAACUCAUUGAAAAUAAAGUGAUAUUACAAUAUUUUUUAACAAAAAGA